GCCGUCGGGGUAACAUCCUCGUUCUCUCUACCCUUUGUCCUUUCACCCUCUGUCCACUUAGUACUUUUAUUUCCACAUCAGCAACCGGUCCUUAAGUUAUUUCUUCCUUCUCUCGUUGCCUUACCGUUUAUUGUUUACCGUUUGUUACUUCGUGCCUUUUAUUAUUAAUUCGGUUGUCGCAUCCACUGUGCCUUAUUACAGCCGUCCAAUUGUUUAAAGUUGGUGCCAAAACAGUAAUUACCUUAACCUUAGUCUUACCCUCGUGUGCUUAGAUCAAUCAAAAAAUUUUUUUUUGAUUUAGCCUUAUAUAUUAUUAUUGUAAUCGGUAUUUCUUCAACCAAUAAAUCACCAGUAGCCUUUAGAUUUAUUCGUCACCGGAUGAAAGAUCAAAAAACCGUCCCACACUGUGCCUUUCGUAGAUAUAUUUUUUCUAACCAUUAUAUUCCUUAUUUAUCGUGCCUUUUUGUUACUUUUGUUGUCACACUUCCAUCCUUCACCCUCCACCCUUCUACCCUUAAAUUCCGUCCUUGUUUCUCGACUACGAAGCAAGUUUGUUUUUAAAUCCGAGUAACGAAGAUCAACCAGAUCAUCAUGCUGAAUUGUCAACUGACUCUGGAGGUUUUAGCAAACAAAAAGCACCAUUACCAGCCACGAUGUCGACCUUAUCGCUCCGAAUUUCGAUUCCGGAAAAGAAUGCCACCAAGAUGAUGCAAUUUGACCCUAGCACGUCGGUGUUUGAUGCGUGCCGUAUUAUAAGAGAGAAAUUGGCUGAAGCGAGCAACAUGGGACAACCCAAAGAUUACGGGUUAUUCCUGGCAGACGAAGACGCCAAAAAAGGGGUCUGGUUGGAGCCCGGCAGAAACUUAGACUACUACAUCUUGCGGAACGGCGACUUACUGGAGUACCGUCGAAAGCUGCGAACAUUAAGAGUCCGCAUGUUAGACGGAACACUAAAAACUCUGUUGGUGGACGACAGUCAGCCAGUGGCGAACCUGAUGGUGGUGAUUUGUACAAAAAUCGGGAUCACUAACCACGACGAGUACUCUUUGGUUCGCGAGUUCUUGGACGACGACUCUGAGAACCAGAAGCCUGGUAACUUUGGGACCCUGACACUCAAAAGACGCAAGGAAGACAAGGGAGAGCGGGAUGCAAAGAUGGACCAGCUACGGAAGAAGCUCAAGACAGACGAUGAGAUGAAUUGGGUCGACCCCAGCAAGACGCUCAGAGAACAAGGAAUUGAUGAAGCGGAAACCGUUUUACUGAGACGGAAAUACUUUUUCUCGGAUCAGAACAUCGACAGUCGCGAUCCCGUCCAGUUAUCUUUACUCUAUGUUCAAGCACGAGACGCUAUUUUGGAUGGUACUCAUCCAGUGACGCAAGAAAAAGCCUGCACUUUUGCAGGGAUCCAGUGCCAAAUUCAGUUCGGUGACCACAAAGAGGACAAGCACAAGCCCGGAUUCCUCGAUUUGAAGGAAUUCCUCCCGCAAUCCUACGCCAAAGUUAAAGGAAUUGAGAAGAAGGUCUUCGCUGAGCACAAAAAACACAUCGGAUUGUCGGAAUUGGAUGCCAAGGUCCUCUACACUAAAACUGCAAGAUCCCUCAGCACUUACGGGGUCACCUUUUUUUUGGUCAAGGAGAAAAUGGUGGGAAAGAACAAGCUAGUCCCGCGUUUGCUGGGUGUCACUAAGGACUCGGUCCUCAGGCUGGAUGAGAGGACCAAGGAGAUCCUCAAAACAUGGCCGCUGACCACUGUCAGAAGAUGGGGAGCUUCACCGAACACCUUCACUCUCGACUUUGGAGACUAUUCUGACCAGUACUACAGUGUCCAGACUACCGAAGCUGAGCAAAUUCUUCAGCUAAUUGCGGGGUAUAUUGAUAUCAUCCUCAAGAAGCAGAAGGCUAAAGAUCAUUUUGGGAUUGAAGGAGAUGAAGGGUCUACUAUGGUUGAAGAUAGUGUUUCUCCGCUUAAAGCGACGAUAAUGCAACAUGAGACUAACAAUGUGGGCAAAGGAAGCGUUGAAGCUGUUUCAGUAGCGAUACCAGCAGUCAUGAGAGCCGGCGGUGACGGAGCAAGACCCUAUGGAACAGGACAUAUGGGAAGUGCUCAGUACACAACUAUCAGCGGACAAGUCAAUAUUGCACAUGCGCCACCUAUGGUACAACAAACGAAAGUAACUUCAGUUCUGUCGGAGCCUCAGCGCGCACUGAUAUCGACAAUUUCUGCCGGACACGAGAUAAUCCACAUAGCGGAAAGCGAAUUAACAAGCAAAGCCCAGCUUCCAGAAUUAGGGAACGAUCCUGCUUCUUUGAAGUGGAUCGCCCAAACAAUGGUCACUCACAAGCAGAAUGUGGGCACCCAGAUAGCAGAGAUGAACGCCGCGACUGCCCAGGUGGUAACUUUAACAUCCGGGUCAGCGGAAGAGGUUGAUCACACUGCAGUCGGAGAGGCGAUUUCUACAAUCGCUACCAAUCUUCCUGAAAUGACCAAAGGGGUCAGGAUGAUUGCUGCUCUAAUGGAAGACGAUACUUCGGGAGACAGGUUGCUAGACGCUGCGAGGAAACUUUGUACUGCCUUCUCUGAUUUACUAAAGGCUACGGAACCUGAGACUAAAGAGCCACGACAGAAUCUCCUGAACGCAGCCUCACGAGUAGGUGAAGCAUCUCACCAAGUGCUGACCACAAUCGGCGAAGAAAACGACUCAAACCGAGAACUCCAAGACACCCUGCUAGCCCUAGCUAAAGCCGUCGCAAACACCACAGCAGCUUUAGUCUUAAAAGCGCGAAACAUUGCGGCUACUUGCGAAGACUCCGAAACUCAAAACAGAGUUAUCUCAGCAGCUACCCAAUGUGCUUUAGCAACUUCCCAAUUGGUAGCAUGUGCAAAAGUAGUAGCUCCCACUUUGCAAUCUCCAGCGUGUCAAGCCCAGCUGAUGAACGCAGUUCGCGAAGUUACAAGAGCGGUAGAAAACUUGGUUGAAGUCUGCAACGAAACUUGCAACGACGAAAACCUAUUAAAGGAGCUCCGUGCAGCAGCUACUGAAGUGAGCCGCACUUUGAACGACCUUUUGAACCACAUCCACACCGCGACGAAAACAGCAGAACGUGCCAAAGAAACAAUCCAUGAAGGAGCCGUCGAAACAAUCAUAAUCGCAACCGAAAAAUUGUUUUCUUCCAGCGGAGACGCUGGAGAAAUGGUCCGGCAAGCGCGAAUCGUAGGCCAAGCUACGGCUCAAUUGAUCCAAAGCAUCAAAGGCGAAGCAGAGCGUCAAACCGAUACAGAACAGCAACGCCGAUUAUUGGCUGCUGCUAAAACUCUGGCAGACGCUACUGCUAAGAUGGUCGAAGCGGCUCGUCAAUGCGCGAGUAGUCCUCACGAUUCAAGAAUUCAGGACCAGUUGAAGAGCGCUGCAGAGGAAUUGAGAAUUGCUACUACAGCUGCUACUACCCCAACGCUUAGAAGGAAGAUUGUUAAAGUAGAGGAAGUUGUUGUCGACAAGACUUUGUUCGCUAGAGCGGCUCAAGCUAUCCACAUGGGCUGCGAAAGCCUGAUCAGUCCAUCCAGUUCCAAGCAACAGAUCCUAGAAGCUGCGACAAUGAUUGCAAAGCAUACUAGCGCACUUUGCAACGCUUGUAGACACGCUUCCAGUCGGACUAAUGAUCCAGUAGCGAAGAGGCACUACGUUAAGUCAGCGAAAGACGUGGCUAACUCUACUGCUAACUUGGUGAAGGAAAUCAAGACUCUAGAUCGCGAAUACAAUGAAACUAAUCGCGAAAAAUGUGCAGAAGCUACUAGACCUUUGUUGGACGCGGUUGAUAAUCUUUGCGUGUUUGCGGGAUGCAGUGAGUACAUAAAAACGACUCAUGUGCAAGAAACUAUAACCGGGCCUGAGAAAGCGAUCAUAGAUGGAGCUUGUGCGAUGGUCCAAGCGGCCAAAAGCUUGCAAGCUAGUCCAAAAGAUGAGCCGACUUGGCAGCUUCUGGCUCAUCAUAGCAAGAAUGUCAGUGAGUCGAUCAAAACUCUGGUUGCUUCGAUUCGAGACAAGAGUCCGGGGCAUGAAGAUUGCGAUUUCGCGAUUGAAAAAUUGGUAGCGAGGAUAAAGGAACUGGAUGAUGCGACUCUAAGCGCGGUUUCACAGAAUUUGGUACCGAGAAAAGAGAAUUCGCAGGAGGGAUUCAUUGAUUUUAUGGAGCGGUGUUCUGAUGAUCUUAAGGAUAAAUUGGAACCUCUUAGAGUCGCUGCUAAGUAUGAGGCUGAGAACAUUGGAUACUCUGCGCAGCAGAUCGCUAAUUGUUGCGAGCGCUUAGUUACUGGGGCGAUUGGUGCGGCUUCAAAUAUGGUGAAUUCUAAGCAGCAAACUGUUUUGUUGGAUCAGACUAAAACGGUGACGGAAACUGCGUUGCAGUUAGUUUGUGUAGCGAAGGAAACUGGUGGGAAUUCCGAGUCUGCUGCUUUGCAUGCUGAAGUGGAUGAUAGCAUAGAAUCCACCAAAGACGCAAUCAGAGAGCUGCAAUGCACUUUGGAAACUAUCUCAACGUCUCAUGGUAUAGUUACUGGACUAAUUGAGACGAUUUCCCGCGCAAUGGUGAGAUUGGAUGAGACUAGGAUCUCUACUGAUAGCGUGGACUCUUACGUAGACUAUCAGACACGCAUGGUAGAAGCUGCUAAAGAAAUUGCAAGACUAGCUCAAGAGAUGUGCACAAAAUCUAGCACUGAUGCAGCUCGUCUUGGCCCGCUGGCUGUUGACAUUUCGCACAAGUACACUCAAUUGGCGCGAGACACUGCUGGAGCUUCUGCAGCUGCUGCUAACGCUGAAGUUUCAGCACGUUUAAGAAACGGAGUCCAGGAUUUAGGACGCGCUUGCGUUGACAUUGUCCGUUCAGCUGGAGUCUGUCAACUUUCGCCUGGAGACUCUUUAGCGCAGUUAGAAGUCUCGAGCUACGGAAAGAUCAUAACUGAGCGGGUGUCCCAGGUGCUGGCUGCUUUGCAAGCUGGCUCCAGGGGCACUCAAGCUUGCAUCAAUGCUGCUAGCACUGUGUCUGGGAUAAUUGGUGAUCUGGACACUACUAUUAUGUUCGCAACUGCUGGAACUUUGCACGCGGAGAAUGAAGGAGACACUUUUGCUGACCAUCGGGAAAAUAUUCUGAAGACUGCCAAGGCUUUGGUGGAGGACACCAAGACUCUGGUGGCUGGAGCUGCUUCUUCUCAAGAGCAACUUGCGGUAGCGGCUCAGAACGCGGUUUCUACUAUUGUCCAGCUCGCGGAAGUUGUAAAGUAUGGAGCUGCUAGUCUUGGCAGUCAGAAUGCGGAAGCUCAGGUGAUGCUUAUCAACGCGGUUCGCGAUGUUGCUUCCGCAUUAGGGGACCUUAUUCAUGCUACUAAGGCUGCUAGCGGUAAACCUAUCAAUGAUCCCAGUAUGGCGCAUCUUAAAGACUCUGCUAAGGUGAUGGUGACCAACGUGACGUCAUUGCUGAAAACGGUAAAGGCGGUCGAGGACGAGCACACCAGAGGAACCCGAGCCCUAGAGUCGACUAUUGAAGCAAUUGGCCAGGAAAUUCGGGCUCUAAACACUCCAGACUUCCAACGACCGAAUGUUACGCCGGAAGAUUUGGUCCGAUGCACCAAAAGCAUCACAAUUUCAACCGCAAAAGCAGUCGCUGCAGGCAACAGCUGCAAGCAGGAUGACAUAAUAGCUGCUGCAAACAUGGGCCGUAAAUCUAUCAGCGACAUGUUGGUGAUUUGCAAGUCAGCCGCUUAUCAGUGUGCUGAAACUCCGGAUCUUAGAGAUCGGACUCUUCAAGCAGGUCAUGACGUCGCGAUGAAUUACCGGGAAUUAUUGCAAGCGAUUUUGCAGAUUGCUUCUAGAACUGGCGAUGCUAAGCAUGCGCUGCCGAUUAUUUCGAGGAAAAUUGCUCAGAGUGUCACUGAAUUAGUGGCUGUUGCGGAACUACUCAAAGGAGCUGAUUGGGUUGAUCCUGACGAUCCGACUGUCAUUGCUGAAAAUGAACUUUUAGGAGCUGCAGCUAGUAUUGAUGCUGCUGCUAAGAAAUUGGCCAGUCUACGGCCUAGAAGAAGUAUCCAGGAAACCAGCGAGGACAUGAACUUCGACGAAAUGAUCCUAGAAGCCGCAAAAUCAAUCGCGGCUGCAACAUCAGCGCUAAUAAAAGCCGCUAGCGCCGCGCAACGAGAAUUAAUAACAACAGGAAAAGUAUCGCGAACUCCUCUGACAUCUUCCGACGACGGACAAUGGUCAGAAGGCUUAAUCUCCGCGGCUCGUUUAGUAGCCGCUGCAACCCACAGUUUAGUAGAAUCCGCAAACGCUUUAGUCCAGGGCGUGAGCAGCGAAGAAAAAUUGAUCUCCAGUGCAAAGCAAGUCGCCAGUAGCACAGCGCAAUUGCUGGUUGCCUGCAAAGUAAAAGCAGACCCCGACAGCGAAAGCACCAAGCGUCUCCAAGCGGCCGGUAAUGCAGUGAAGCGCGCUACCGACAAUCUAGUAAGAGCUGCCCAACAAGCAAUCCAGCAAGAGGAAGAAAGGUCGCUUGUUUUGAACAAAAGAAUGGUUGGAGGAAUCGCUCAGGAGAUAAACGCAAGGUCAGAGGUUCUGAGGAUUGAAAAGGAACUCGAGGAAGCUCGUGGCCGACUCACGGCGAUUCGUCAAGCGAAAUAUAAGAACAAACCUGACUUUUCUGAUACUGAGAACGACGCUGACCAAAGCGGCUACGAGAGCUACUAUUCGAGGUACGAAAGAGACUCUUCUAGGGGGAAUCAGAUCUCCCAGAUCAUCAACGACCGCCAGAACCUGGUGAGUCCCGAGAAGGUCAACUCCACGCAGUCGACGUUAGAGAGGAAGAUGAAGGACUCGUACAAAUCCUUGCCGGAGAGUCACUACGGCUCUUUGGACUCCAGGGGGAAGUACAGUGACUACUCGACGAUCAAUUCCUCCGCGGAUUCACCAGCUCAGUACAGCUCCAUCGAGCGGAAGAUCAACCAGGAACGCGAUGUUCUUAGCUACGAAUCUUUGCCACUAGAGGGCCCUUUUCCGCCAGCUACCUCUCAAAUUGCUACGGCCAAGUCGCCAAUGUUGAACAGAAAGUUCAUUGACACUUCCCCGCAGCCGCUUUAUAGCAAGUCUCCGGAGUACUAUGAACCCAAUUCGGGAAGGUACUCCGGACAUAUGAGCACCUUCAAGUCUCAAACUGACGGAAUGAGAUUCCAGCAACCGAUUGCGCAGAGUCAAACUUUUAAGAAUAUUGAGAGCAAGGUUCUUCCGGGGGGUAAGAUUGAAAACACGACUACUACCAAGGUGUUCAGUCCUAAGACUAAUUAUGAGAACUAUGAGAAUUAUGAAACUGUUGAGCAGAGAGAGUUUAAUUCGGGGAGUGAUUUGACUAGUUUUAGAGGAGGGUUUGAUAAUGGUAGUGUGGAACAUAAGAGUACUAAGCAUUCUAUGACUCAGAAGAUCAUUGAGAAGAAAACUGUUACGAUGAAGAUGUCCAAGCAUCAGGAGUCUAGUACUAAGUCUUUUAGGUUUGAUGAUAAGUAGGGUUAAGGGUAGGGUUUACGCACAAUUUUGGGAGGUUCUAUUAUUGUCAAGGAAAAUUUGAGCACUUUUUUUUAUUGCAUUUUUUUUGCAGAAAAAUAUUUUCAUUAGUGAUUUUAUGUGGAAGUUUAAAAAUUUAAUUA